CUGAAAAGCUCUGGUGCCACCAUCGACAUGCAGAGAACUUCUGAGACCUACAACUGCAAAGAGAAUUGGGGCUGCAGGGUUUUAUGGUUCUUUCGCCCUGCCAACCCUCCUGAUACUAUCUUGCAGCCGGAUCUUUCCCCAGGAGACUGCUGGCCUUUACAAGGGCCUCAGGGCCAGGUGGUCAUCAGGUUGCCAGCACGAGUCCACCUGACCGCCGUCACGAUGCAGCACAUCUACAAAGAGGUCUCUCCAUCUGGGACCGUCACCAGCGCGCCCAGAGACGUCGCUGUCUUUGGAGUGGAUGCGGACGGAGAAGAGGAAACUCUCCUUGGGACGUUCACGUACAACGUGGAAAAAGAGGCCACUCAGACCUUCCCUCUGAAGAGCCAGCUGCACACGCGGCCACUCCACCCAAGCAACGGCUUUGUGCCGUGGAGAAAUGGACGCCUGGCGGCGAAAGCCGUCGGGCAGCACCGCCGCUCCAUCCUGUGGCCUGCUGGCAGGCUGGACAGUGUCCUCUCCUCCCAGCAUAGCAUGCCCCUUCUCUCCCGGUGCUCUCACGCCUGCCGGGAGGAAAGCAGGCAGAGCAGACAGCGGGAGCUUGGUGGCCUUGCAUGCCGGCUGCCCCCUGCAUAG